AUGUCAGCCAGAAAGGGCUAUCUGCUCCCUUCGCCAAAUUAUUCCACAACAAUGUCAUGCUCAGAGAGCCCGGCUGCAAACUCUUUUUUGGUAGACUCCCUGAUCAGCUCGGGCAGAGGGGAAGCGGCGGGAGCAGGAGGCGGAGGCGGAGGCGGAGGCGGCUACUAUCCCAACAGUGGGAUCUACCUGCCACAAGCGUCCGAUCUGUCCUACGGGUUGCAAAGCUGCGGACUUUUCCCCGUUUUGGGCAAACGCAAUGAAGGUACUUCUCCAAGCAUGGUCCCCACCUCGCACCCCUACGUGUCCAGCAUGGAAGUGUGGUUAGACCCCCCGCGGUCCUGCCGCAUGGAAGAGCCGGAGAGCCAGCAGGCCACCUCGUGCUCCUUCGCUCAAAACAUUAAGGAGGAGAACUCCUAYUGCCUCUAUGACUCAGACAAAUGCCCCAAGGGCUCGGCCGCCGCCGAGCCCGCUCCCUUCCCGCGCCUGAGCGCCGAGGGCGGCUCGGGCAGCCCCGGCGGCGGCGGGGUGCCGGUCCCGGGCUAUUUCCGCCUCUCGCAGGCGUACGGCGCGGCGCGGAGCUGCGGAGCGGGAAAGGAGAAAGGAACUCCCUUUCCCUGGGCUACAGGCUUUUCAGGCAAUUCAAAAGGAGAAAAUGCAGCAAACUGGCUAACCGCAAAAAGUGGCCGAAAGAAACGGUGCCCCUAUACCAAGCAUCAAACUCUCGAGCUGGAAAAGGAGUUUCUGUUCAAUAUGUACCUGACUCGUGAGCGUCGCCUAGAGAUCAGCCGCACAGUCCACCUCACAGACAGACAAGUUAAAAUCUGGUUUCAGAACCGCAGAAUGAAACUGAAGAAAAUGAACAGAGAGAAUAGAAUUCGGGAGCUCACAGCCAACUUUAAUUUCUCUUGAUGAACCUAUAAACACAUCUUUAUGGUUUAAAGAGCCAGUAUCAUUUUCCUAGGCUGUAGACAUCUGCACCUGUAUGGAUUAACUAUUUUAGACGUUCUCAGUAUGUCCUUAGCCUCUUUAUAGCUGUUUCUGGGCAAGGUGGGAGUGAGGGUGAACCGUGCUAAUUCACAAAAUGCCAUGUAUGAACUUGCCUCAUUCCUUUAGAUUUCCCGGCUCUGAAUUAUGCUUUUUU